AUGGCGCAUUAUAUUGAUGUGAUCUGUUGUGUAAUUACUGUUAUUGCUGUUGUCACAACGGUGAACAUCAAUUUUAAUCCACUAUUUUAUGACAAUUGCUCUGAUUACAAUCAUAAGGAUUUCGCAUGCAUUGUACGCGAAGUAAAAUGCGAUAAUAGAAAUAUAACAAUCAACGAGAACAACAAUAAUAUUAACAAUGUAAAUGAUAUAACAUAUGCGCAUGACAUUCGGGUGGAACCAUUUGCUCGUGUCGUUACUCGUUAUUCUAAACAAACUUAUCAGCUAUCUGUUGAUAUAUCAUGGCAAUUACAUCCAAAUAAUUUUACAUCAUUGCUGUUGGGAUUUAUAUUGGAAAUUGAAGAUGCCUCAUCUAAUCGAUCUUGCUUUUAUUUUAAUAUUUCAAAUUCCUAUUGGAACAAUAAUUUGAUUGCUACUAUGCCUCGAUUUCACUUCACUUCGGAAAGUUUAUUCGAAUUUGAUGAGACUUACGAUAUUAAAUUGAUAAGUUUAUCGAAAAUAAAAAAUCAUACAACGAUUCUCCAGAAACAUGUCCUGAUGCCUCAUCAUCCUGAUUAUUACAAUGAUACGGUCACUGAACACGAUUGUAAGCGAACAUCAAAUUUGCAAGCAUCACGAUGGACCGGUGGAUUUCGGCGUAUUUUGGUACACCCACUAACACGAACGAUUCAGGUGGAAUUUGUGGGCGCACCAUCUCACUACUGUUUCGAAGGUUAUGAAGUACGAUUGAAGGAUGAAAAUGGCCUGGAAUUGCUUCAUAGUGCAGUGGUACCAGUUGAAUUGAUGUACAUGGAAUAUUUUGGUAAUCAAACUAUCCUUUUUGGCCAAUAUAACUUCACCAAUUUAGAGGUGGACCAGUAUUUUAUGCCAUCUGUUAUACCGAUAGAGCGUUCUCGUGAUGGUCGUUGUCUUUGUCCAGUAUUGAGUACUAGUCCGUUUGAUAACCGGAUGGUAUGUUCCUGUAUUGCUGCUGAUUGGCAUAAAAUUCGAAUUCAGAGAGUGGAAAAACCAGUAGUCGUUGCAUCAGGAUUAGAACCAAACAAUACUUUAAUUUUACGUGGAGAGCAUAGUGCUUCCGGAUAUAUAUGGGUAAUAGUUUUGGCAGUAAUACUUUUGGUUAUAAGUUUGGUUAUAUUUUUCCUAAUUUAUAUCAUAUACUUAUACCACAUUCGUCGUCGACUAACAAGUAAAGCAAUACGAAUACGAUUUAUAACGGAUCAUCCACCUUCAACAACCUUAACAACCCUGUCUAACAGUCAAUCACCUUUAAUUCAUAUCGCGCAACUUAAUGUUUUAUUGGUUUAUUCACAUGACAGUUUGUUACAUGAAAAGUGUGUUUUGCUCUUUGCGGAAUACUUGCAUAACGUAUUUGGUUUUGAUGUUCAUUUGGAUGUUUGGGAUGUUGCUCAAAUUGAGCGCAAUCUUCUGGAUUAUAUAAGCGUAUCGAUCAUGAAUGCUGACAAAGUGAUUGUUAUCAAUUCUGAAGGAGCAUAUUAUCGUUAUCAGUGUAAGAUACAGCAAGAAUACCAUAUUGAACGAAAAGAGGCCGAACCUCUCGAUGGUUUAUUUGAUAAACAAAUCGACCAAGUGUUAAUGCAUUCAUCGGUAAUAUCGGUUCGAUUCAAAUAUACUUUGCCUUUGUUCAUUUUACCACCGCUCGGCUGUUCGUUGCAAUACACAAUCCCCGAUAAUAUUGCUGCACUAAUUUCGAAUUUAACCGGUUCAGAUACAAAAAAUGAUUCACAAACUGUUGUGUAUAAUUCGGCAUACGCAAAAUUGACAGCAACUGUUACGGAGACAUCAAAAAUGUUGGAAGAUGAUCCAAGCUGGUUUAUUAAUACUCAUUGGCGUGUAGCAACAAUUAUUGAUAAACAAAAUCGGGUGGUUCCAAUUCGGCAUGACAGGGAUAAGCUUAUUAAUGAAUUUGAGAAUACUGAUAUCAAGAAGCCGCAGAUAUUGGCCCACACAAAAAUACUACCUGAGUUACCGGAUGUAUUGAUAAAUGGUAGUAGGAGUGUAGCAAGAGUUCCUUCGAAAAUAGUUCAGAAAUCAAAAAAUUUAACAGAUCCCAUACAAAUUCAAAUUGUCAAGGCCACUGAUAAUUACACUAGUGGUGAUGAGCAUAAUGUAGCCGAUCAACUCGAUCAACUGAAUAACUUUCCGAUCAUUAAUAGCAGUAAUUCGUCUGAGAAAAGGAUGUCCAGUGAUGGACAUACAUUACAUGAUUCUGGUUUUAUUUCUGGUAAAGGUAUUACAAAUACCUAA